AUGCCUCGCCCGGAGCUGCCCAUUGAGAUCCAAGAACACAUCCUCGAUCACCUCUACGAUGAUCCUCCGACCCUCAGAGCAUGCUGUCUCACUUGCUCUACUUGGGUCCCGACGACGCGACUGCAUAUCUUCAGGGUCGUCAAGUUGCGUAACACGAGGGACUGUUUGCGCUUUCUUAGCACUCUGGAAUCGACCUCAGAGGCACACGGCGGUGGAGGCGUAGGCGCCCUUAUUCGCGAACUGAAGCUGCCGACUAUGCAACUCUGUCAGGAGGACAGGAAGAAAGGAAUGCGCUUAGACUUGGUGUGCCAGAUCCUGCGCCGUCUCCCCAACGUUGAGGUCCUCGUCAUGGAACGCUUUGACUGGCGCAGUCUCGCGGAAUCUCUCAUUCCGGAUGACUCCGGGGUUAGCCUGGUGCACGCAAUACGUUCCGUCUUCCCCUUCCCCCGCUUGAGCAGAUUGCUUCUGCGGAGCAUAAUCAUCCGGUCGCCCUCGGAGGUCCUACAGUUCAUCUCUGCAUUUCCCUCUUUGGCUUUCUUGGAACUUUCCGGGAUUACCGCUGGUCUGGGAAUAGGCGACCCCUUCGCGACCAUCCCUCAUUGCAAGAGCGUCCGCAUCCGCAUCCAAGAGGUGGUUGUGGACAGGUGGACUAGCUCGUCAGCUACUCUUGACCAAAUAUUGAAAGGUUUGUUGAAACCUCCUUUCGACCCGCGGCCUAGAAGACUGCAGUGGAAGUGUUCCGAUGGGAUGGGAUACUCGAGUGACUCAAAUGAGUCGGCGUUGACUAAGCUGUUCCGUAGAGCUGAGGAGACGCUCGAGGAAUUUGAGGUUAACUUUGAACGCGACGGAUGGUUGAGGAAGAACGAAAUCUCUCGACACCGUUCGCUGACUGUCCUCACUCUGACGUUUCGCUUCUCCCUAUAUCACCCAAAUUUCUGGCCAUCUAUCCCCGCAUUUAUCUCGCAGAUCAAUUCGAGUGGCCUUCGGGAAGUGAAGCUGCAAUUUGAAGACCUCUAUUCCCGCUUCCAUUGGAAGUUUGUCAUCUGGAAAGAAAUGACGGAUGCCCUCUUGUCCUUGCACGAGAGGUAUCCAUUUGCAACCGUCACAUUCACAUUCAGCUUCCAUGCUGCGUACCGGGACAUGCCGUCUGUAGUCGGCCCCCUCAAGGCACUCAUCGAGCGUGUCAUCGAGGCGCAGAUGCGCGUGUCUGUCGUACAUACGAGACUCGUCCGCGUGGACAUCAAGACAGGCUCGUAUGACGCCCACGCAAUCGCCGAAUUUAGUGGCUUGCGCGAGAGCCUGAGGAGAGCUCCCUACGAAGACCCCGUGGCAAAGAGCGUCAGCCGGAUGUCGAUCGCCGCGCAGUUCUACGGCCUCCCCGAGCUCGUCCGCGCCUCCACCACGGAGUCCGCGCAGGAGUUCACACCGAAGCUCGUCCCGAAGACGUGCUCAUUCGACACCGUCAUGACGAUCACCUUCGACGACGCCGGCAAGAUCGCGCACUGGCAGGACUGCCCGAGCGAGGGCAUUCCCGACGGCGGGAGCAGGCUCGCGGAGUGGAUGCGGGAGAAGCAGAGCGAGCUGACGAAGGCGGUGUUGUCGCUGCCGAAGGACGAGGAGGAGGAUUUGGAGAGGUGGAGGAACUGGUAUGGAGACGCGGCACCGAGGUGA